GAUAAACUGGGAGCAAUGGAAAGUGGUCGGAGUCGGGGCUGUUUGGAAAUGUGGAGUGAAGAAAACUGCAAGUUAGUGGUUCAGUUGAAGAAUAUUUCUGUCCAUGCUGUAAAUCGGAGAGAAAUUGUGCGACAGAGUCAUGUUUCUUUCAGCAAACUACUGGAGAAAAUCCAAGGUCUGCCACCAACUGUAUCCAGCAUUCCCUUAGAACUGACUAUUCUGUACAAUACGGUUGUUCUAAGUCUCAGUUUGUCUGAUACCAGUCAAAGUGUUAACUCCUUGUUGUAUGAGGGACUUGUCCGAGGAUUAGAAGCUUAUGAUGGACAUUUUGAUGAACCGGACAUCACAAAAUUAUGGGCGAUGAUAUCUCAGAGCAUCCAUGACCCAACUUUCAUUCAGGCAGUUGAUCAACUGAUCUGCUUGCAAUGUGUCCAGUGGCUGGUUUGCAAUCAACUGGAGAAGAUUGAUGCUGUAUUCCACAUACUAAGAGACAGAGAAUCGUCAGGCUCUGAUUUGAAUACGCAUUCUGGUAAUUGGUGGCAAUGGAUCAAAUCUGGUGACCUCUUCAAAGAUCGAAAUGGAAGUGAUCUUAUGUUGGUACUGAGUCUGAGCAGUCUAGGAGAAUUGAUUUAUACCUGUGUGAUGUUUAUUCGAGGGUUUCGUAGAAUGGAAGAAGGUAAUUACCCAGAAGCUGUUGACAUUUUGGAGCAAGCAGCUGAGGGACUCUGCUCGAAGAGAAUUCUGGCAGAGAUCUAUACUCUGAUUGGUCACUGUUCAGCCCAAAUGGACAGACCGCAAACAGCCUUGCAGUAUUUCAGGUGGGCUCUGCAAGCAGACAUCCAGUGCCUUUCUGCUCUGUAUCAUGCUGCCAUGGUGUACCGACAGCUGGAAAUGGUAGAUGCUGAGCUUGAGGCUCUUAACCAUCUCUCAGUGGCUCUGGACAGUUGGGAUCAACACAAAGCUGGUAAAGAUGUUGAUUCUCAAGUUCUGAUCCGACCUGAACAACUUGUACAGAUUCCUGCAACAUGUCAUUUGUUGACCAGUGUAAACUGGGUGCAUGUAAAGCACUUACUUGCCAGAAGGUUUCUCCAGGUGGGAAGAUUUGAAGAUGCAGCGGAACAUUAUCUUGAUCUACUGGCUUCUUUCCUUGAGGAAUCUCAGCGGGAAGUAUUUGUCGUAGCAGAUUACACCAUUCCUAGAAUUCCUGAAAUCUAUUUGGAAGCAGCAGUAGCACUCUUGCAUUGUCGGAGAUUUAAUGAUGUCAUUACUGUUUCUGAGGAAAUUGCCAGCAAAGUGACAUGUUUAAUUUCAGAAAACUUGACAUUUGAAAUUCGAGUUAAUGAAUGGCUGUCCAAUGAUUGCUCAAAAAGCACUGAAGCCCCAGAAAUCAACACCAGUAAUCGGAACUGUCUUUUGAAUGGCUUCAGUGAGUGGCAAAUACUUGGGACGAAGAAGAAAGAAACUCUCAAUUAUAUAUUAUGGUCAGCAACUGCAUUUUUAUAUCAAGGACAAGCGUUUGCUCUCUUGAAAAAUAAUAAGGAGUCGAUUACUAAUUUUACUCGGUGUAUAAAUUUAUUACUUAAAGUUCAAGUUGUCUGCCCUCCUGAUUCAGGAGAAUCCGAUGAUCUGCUUGAAACCUUGAAAGAGAAUAUGACUGAGCUUAAAAUCCUUCAAAAGUUGAAAUCAUUGGCUUUCACUGGGAGAGGAAUACAGCUGACAGAAAGGGGUCAGAACUUAGAAGCUCUGCAAAAUCUCCAGCUGAGUCUACAAGCUUAUCCUGAUAGUUUUGAAACCAUAUAUCAUCUAGUAGAAGUUCUGUGGAAACUUGAAAGGAAGCAAGAAGCUGUCACGUUUUGGCUAAAAGAAACAGAAGCAAAGCAAAGACACAAAGUGAAUGCCUUAAAACAAAUCCCCUUAUUCGUGAUUUCUUGCCUGAAAGAAAUAAAUACUACAGAGGAAGAAGCUGUUUCUAAAAAGUUGGAGGAAUAUUGCAGCAGUUUUACAAAGAGAACAUAACAAUGCAAUUUCUGAAAGCCACAUCUUCGUUACGUACACAAAUGAUCCAGUUUCAUCCAAAAUACAGGAUCAAGAAGAUACUAAAUAAACAACCAAGUUAAAUGAUAUCCAGGGACAGACUGUUGCUUAACUUGACCAUGUUAUAAAUGUUUGUGAAGAAAUAUUCUACUCCA